GUUCGACGGUAACAGGAUGGUGUACACGUGAGCAAAGGAAUUGUACACAUCGCUAUGGGAUGAAGCACUGCCAUCGAUUCGAUUGAUCUUUUGUUUCGCGUUCAUUUAUCAUUCAGGAGAAUGCGUGUUCGACAUGGUUCCAGACUGCGGUCGUCCGUUGUUGGGGGAUUAAAACUUUCACGAGUUCUUGACUUGGUAGCAAGGUUUCAACAAUAUUAACACAGUACACGUAACCAGUAAGAGUCAGUUGCGCGAUUAGCCUCAUGUUAGAAUAAAAAGGUUGUCUCUACGAAAUUGUAGAACAUGUCCCCUAUACCUUCUGUUCACGUUGGGUGUGAUGAAAUGGAUAAAGGCGCCAUGUCAAACAAUGUUGGCAUUGGGGCAAUGCUCCUGAGAUGGAAAUGUUCCGUUUACAAAGUCGUGUAUCGAGAAUUUCUAGUUUUCAUCGUCCUGUUUGGAAUCGUUAGUGUUGUAUACCGCAACGGAUUGGACGAGGAUCAGAAAAGAGCUUUUCACGAAUCACAAACUUUCUUCGACAACUACACAAAGUUGAUCUCACUACCUUUUCUGCUCGGUUUCUACGUUACCAUUGUCGCCGGUCGAUGGUGGCAACAGUACAUGACGAUCCCUUGGCCGGACAAGUUGAUGCUAACUCUUCAAAUGUAUGUGCCGGGUAAGGACGAAAGGUCUCGAAUAAUUCGGCGAGUGUUAUUACGAAGAGCUUUAUUGAUGCUAACCCUCUUACUGCGCUCAAUCUCACGUGCUGUCCGUCGACGUUUCCCAACGCUUCAGGAUUUGGUGAAAAAUGGGAUAAUGACCCAAACAGAGAAGCAGUGUUACGAAUCGAUUUCUCCAGUAGUAAAUCUGUUUUGGGUGCCCUCAACAUGGUUUGCUUCAACUCUCAAUGAAGCUGUUAGGGAUGGUAUUUUAGCCGACCCUGCAGGCAACAAACUCAUUAUGGAGGAAUUUCUUGAGUUUCGCGCAAACUGCGGAGCCCUUUGGAGCUACAACUGGGUUUCCAUUCCCAUGGUUUAUACCCAAGUCUGUACACUGGCAACUUAUUCCUAUUUCAUCGCAUGUCUUAUGGCACGGCAGUAUACCGGACCUAGUUCUGCAGUCGGAGCUAUUGAUAUAUAUUUUCCUAUCGGAACGGUCUUAGAACUCGUUUUCUACGUUGGACUCUUAAAGGUGGCAGAGCAAAUGAAAAACCCAUUUGGGGAUGACGACGAAGAUUUUGAUCUCAACUUUCUCCUCACUCGCCAUUUGAAAACCGUUCACCUUGGGUUAGACUACCUGAACGAUUUGGUCCCACCAUUGAAAGACGAUCAACCUGCGAACAAUAAGGACACCAGACAGCAGGUGAGAGUACCCAAUACUCAAAUUACCCAUCCAACCCGAUUCAAAACGGUUUCGUCAAAGAUUUAGAUGAAAAAUGCAGACUGUUUUUACGUCAAAAAUCCCGUAUAGCUCGCAAUAAAAAGUUAUUUACACAAAAUCUUAACUGUUUGUUGCAUAAUAUGCCACAGCACGCACUACAUAUCUGAUUCAAAACUGUCAGCGUUUCAUAAUCGUGUUACGUUGGCAUUGACAUGGCCCUGUUCUAUCAUUCUAAAUACAAUUUUAAUGUUAACGCGUACAAAGGAGAAACGUUCUAUAAGAACUCCAACAUAGACUUUGACCUAUUUCACGAUCCGACAAAACAUCGCCUGUACACUGCUGUGGCAACAUAAAUGCAAUAAUAAUAGAACAACAUUCGAAAAA